AUGAGUCGAGCCGGCAAACUUGCCCCGGAGGUCAAUCGCUACAACGUAACGCCUGAGGAGCUCUUCGAGCUCUUCGGCAAGUUUGGCCCAAUUCGCCAAGUGCGACAGGGCAUUGCCAACAACACCAAGGGCACUGCGUUCGUCGUCUAUGAAGACGUGAUGGAUGCAAAGCAGGCCUGCGACAAGCUCAACGGCUUCAACUUCCAGAACCGCUACCUCGUCGUGCUAUACCACCAGCCCGAGAAGAUGAUCAAGUCAAGAGAGGACCUCGAGGCCCGCAAGGAGAAUUUAGCGCAGCUGAAGAAACAGCACGGUAUCGAUUGA